GAGCUACUUGCUGACAGAAGCGUCUAUAAACCAAUCGACACACCCAAUAAAAAUGUUGGACAACCAAAUCUUAAGGACCCUACACAAGCUUGUCAAAGCAGGACAAAUAUCAAAACAAAACCAACAGAGAAUGAAAUCCGAUGGACCAGUAAUUCUACGGUAGGCCGGAACUACAAAAACACAAAAUUCCACUACAUCCAACUGUAUCCCUCCCUGGAACGUCAACAUACAACUUAUCAAGAGAAAUUUGAUGACUAUCUUCCGGAAGAACUGCCAUCUACACGAUGGCUUUAA